AUAAAUGGCUGUACUGGGUAAUAAUCUGACUGUGUUGUUAAAACUUCAUGGUGUACAGUUUCAGUUCAUUAACUAAUAACCAGCUCGGGGACAACAGGAGCUGUUUUAUUAUUAUUAUUUUUUUUGCAACAAUAAUUCUAUACUGAAAUGAGAUUCAGAGUGUAUCACUGGUUAUUUCCUUUUCUCUCUCUCUCGCUCUCUCUCGCUCUCUCUCACACUCACACCCCCACAUGCACAGUCUCAGUGACGCAAAAACCACUCAUGAACAGUUGAUGAGCUGACAAUACCCUAGCAUCCUGUCUCUGAAGAUGGACUUUGACUAUCAAAAAAUUAAAGAUGAGGAAUCCCGUCAAAGGGAAGAGCGAAUCAGCUCUGUACCAGCCCUACAGCCAAAACCCCUGCCUCGACCAUCUACUGCUACAGAAGCUCCAUCUACUCCUCGGAAGCCUCCAAUCAAACCCAGACGAAGCAUCAAAUGCCGUCCUAUCGCACAGCCAGUCUCCAUACAACCACAAAUCCAGGACAACCAGAUGGAGGUUGAGGAACGGAAGCGAAUCGCUCCCUCUCAAGUGCUGAACCCUACAGGGCCUCUGGAUGCUCAGACUCCAUCUCUACAGGCGCAUAACCUGCUGUGGUUUCAGAGAACGCAGCUGCCUCGGCUACCAAAACCCGUACCUUGUUGGCUCCAUGGCUUCGCCACACGCAGGGAAGCAGAGCAGCUACUGCAGGAUAAGCAGCAGGGUUGUUUCCUGUUGAGGCUCAGCGAGUCAAAGGUUGGCUUUGUGCUCUCUUAUAGAGGUACAGACAAGUGCCGUCACUUCAUCAUAGAGCAAGACUGCGAUGCGUCUGAGAUGGAGAGUCAAUACGUCAUAGCUGGAGAGACCAGCAAGCAUUGCAGUCUGGAGCAACUCAUCAACUACUAUACCCACAAUCCAGUGGGGCCUUUUAAUGAAAAACUCACUGUGCCUUGCGUGCAGGCUAAUGGCAUCUUUGAGGAUAAAUCCAAGCUGGAAGUGGGAAAUAAAACAGAAAGUGGCGAAGAAAGAGUUGCCACUCCAGGAAUUAGCCAAGAAUACCCUCCUAUGGGCUCCACGGGGCAAGAUGUCCGUCCUGCUGCCGCAGAUUCGGCGCAGUAUGCUGUAGUGAGGAAGGCUCUAAGGAAGACUCACUCUCUCUCUGAUUGCAUGGUUUUAUCUCACUUGCUACCUCUUGUCCCAGAAAACACAGAGCGAGAAACCAAAACUGAGAACGACACACCAGAGUCUGUGUUUGGAACCGCAGACAUGCGUGGUGGUGGCGAUGUGGCCCACCCUGUGGAUGCCCCCUACGCACGUGUCAACAAACCCCAGCGUCCGCCAGCACAACCUUCCUCCGUCAACGUCAACGGCAGCGAUGCCGACACCAGCUUAUGGGGUGCGUCAGCAGCCAUGGACUCCGAACAGUUUCCCAGUGUUGCAGCUGUAGCGGAACAGAAAUACUGCAAACUGGAGCCUAUUCAUACAUACGAGGAGGCUCUGCACACGCGUACACGUGACAAUCAGAUUGAUUUCUACGCAGUUGGACGGCAGAGGGAAAAUGCAACAAAUGCAGCAGCGAUCCCUGGCAGUCAUGUCUACGCAGAAGUUAACCUUAGAGGAACAAGAGAUGACACACUAUUGGCUACUUCACCUCCUCAUGCAGGCACAACAUUUAUUUCUGCCCAAUCCUCCAUGAGGCCUAACCCUAGACUGCCCCCAAGACCUCCAAAUGCUCCAGUACGAGCCGAGGGUGGUAGUCAGAAUCCUGCAUUUUCAGCAAUGAGGAAUCCACCACCAUACCAACCCGAGCAGGCUCUGCCAGAAAACGCCGGGUCCUCCAUAUACGAGCAGAUUCCAGAAAGACGAAACAAACCCAGACCUCCGUUGCCGCCUCUGAAUCCCAAACGCUGACUCGAGGUCCACCAUCAGUGUUGUUGAAGCCUCUCUACUACCAAGAACAGAUUUCAAACUAAAUGGUAUUACAAACUUACAACAGAAGCCUACAGGAAUUACUCCUUUUGAUGUAUAUGUGGUUGCACAUUAAGUACAGUACAUGCUUAAUCUUAUCCUUCGACUUUUGCGUUUAAUGUUGAAUCUGUUUGGCUGCAGAAAUAUUUAGCCCGAACUUUAAUUUAAUGUCUUGACAGCAUCUUGAGUCUUAUUUACUACUAUCUAUGUAAAAGAACUGUAAAUAAAGAGGAUUUUUAUAAUACCAUACAGUAGAUAUGUGUUUGUGGUAAUACUAAAUUAAUAUAUGUAUGUUUACAAAGAAUUUUAUUAAGGAAAAAUUCUCAGCUAUACCAACAUUCACAACUAUGUUUACUUACAACUUUUAAAUGUUGUGUCUCCUAACAGUCCUAUCUUUAGCAAGUAUGCCAAUUACACACGACAAAAUUGUUUGUACCCUUCGGUCAAUGAAAGAAAAACUCACAGAAAUAACUUUAAUCUGACAAAAGUAAUAAAUAAAAAUUCUA